AUGGUCCCCAAGCUCAAUGAUCCGUCGUUGCUGAAGACGGGCGUCUGCUUUGUCAACGGCGAAUGGGUCAAGGCCGGCUCCGGCAAGACCUUUGAGGUCAGCGACCCGGCCACCGGCAAGCUGAUUGGUGUUGCGCCCGAGUUCGACACCAAGGACACCGAGGCGGCUGUUGCUGCCGCCGCCACGGCCUUCGAGACCUUCCGGCACAAGACCGGCCGCGAGCGGUCCAAGCUGCUGCGCAAGUGGUACGACCUUAUGAUGGAGAACGCCGACGACCUGGGCACUCUGAUUACGUGGGAAAACGGCAAGCCGACGGCCGAUGCGCGCGGUGAGGCUGUGUACGCUGCCAACUUCUUCGAGUGGUUCAGCGAGGAGGCGCCUCGCAUCUACGGAGACACGAUUCCCUCGACCGUCCCCGGCAACCGUGUGCAUACGGUCAAGGAGCCCAUUGGUGUCUGCGGCCUGAUUACCCCGUGGAACUUCCCUGCCGCUAUGAUUACGCGCAAGGUCGGCCCUGCCUUGGCCGCUGGCUGCACGGUGGUCGUCAAGGCACCCGGCGAGACCCCCUUCACGGCCCUGGCGCUGGCCGAGCUCAGUGUUCGCGCCGGCAUCCCGCCCGGCGUUGUCAACGUCGUGACGGCCCUCGAGAACACCCCCGAGGUCGGCCUGGUGCUGACCACGAACCCCACCAUCCGCAAGAUCUCCUUCACGGGCUCCACCAACGUCGGCAAGCUGCUGAUGAAGCAGUGCUCGAGCACGCUGAAGAAGCUGUCCCUGGAGCUGGGCGGCAACGCGCCGUUCAUUGUCUUUGACGAUGCCGACCUGGACGCCGCCGUGGCCGGCGCCAUCACGUCCAAGUUCCGCUCGUCGGGCCAGACCUGCGUGUGCGCCAACCGCAUCUUUGUGCAGCGCGGCAUCUACGACGCGUUCGCCGAGAAGUUUGCUGCCAAGGUGCGCGAGUUCCACGUCGGCAACGGCUUCGAGAAGGGCAUCACCCACGGCCCCGUGAUCCACGACCGCGCCGCCAAGAAGGCCUAUGAGCACGUCCGCGACGCCGAAAAGCUCGGCGCCACGAUCGUCGAGGGCGGCACCUUCCUGCCCGACAUCGGCGCCAACUUCUUCGCGCCGACGGUCCUGACGGGCCUCAACCAGAAGAUGCUGAUUGCGCGCGAGGAGACGUUCGGGCCUGUCGCCGGCCUGUUCCCCUUCGACACGGAGGAGGAGGUUGUCCGCUACGCGAACAGCACCGAGGUCGGUCUCGCCGGCUACUUCUUCUCGCGCGACAUUGAGCGCAUCUACCGCGUGGCCGAGCACCUCGAGGUCGGCAUGGUCGGCGUCAACACGGGCCUGAUCUCGGAGCCUGCAUCGCCUUUUGGCGGCGUCAAGGAGUCCGGGUUUGGCCGUGAGGGCUCUGCCUAUGGCAUUGAGGAGUACCAGAUCACCAAGAUGGUCACGACCGGUGGCUUGGGUAAGCCUCUCCAGUCGUAG